AGCAGGGAAGAAAUAAAAUUAUUUGUUUGUAGUAUUUUUAUUAUGUUCAUGGAAAUGGUGCUUAGUCCUCGUUCUUACCAUGGUGUCGGCAAGCAACUUUUUCUUUACCAGUGUCCGCUUCGUUUUGUUAUCCGGUGCUUCUCCUGUGGUCGAAUCGAGAUACAUGGCGAAGGCACCAAUGAAGGAAAUCAGGGUUUGGAUGAAAAAGCAGAAUCAUCGACCAAAACCAAGGGGGCAAAAUUUAUGGCUCGUGUCAUCAACUCCACGCCAUGGUCAAGUGAGCUUGAAUCCUCUAUUUCUUCUCUGUCUCCCUCUCUGUCGAAAACCACCGUCUUGCAAACACUUCGCCUCAUUAAAAAUCCAUCUAAAGCUCUUCAAUUCUUUAACUGGGUUCAACAAAUGGGUUUCCCUCACGAUGCCCAAUCCUUUUUCUUGAUGAUUGAAAUCUUGGGUAAAGAAAGAAAUCUCUAUGCAGCUCGUAAUUUAACGCUUUCAAUUGAGAAAAGGUCUAAUGGGUCUGUUAAGCUCGAGGACAAGUUCUUUAACAGCUUGAUUAGGAGCUAUGGUAAAGCGGGGUUAUUUCAAGAGUCUAUCAAGGUUUUCGAAACAAUGAAAAGCAUCGGCGUGUCUCCUUCUGUCAUUUCAUUCAAUAAUCUUUUGUCAAUUUUGCUUAAAAGAGGACGCACGAAUAUGGCAAAGAGUGUGUUCGAUGAAAUGCUUAGCACAUAUGGGGUUACACCAGAUGUGUAUACUUUUAACAUUUUGAUUAAAGGGUUUGGCAUGAAUUCAAUGGUUGAUGAGGGGUUUAGGUUUUUCAAGGAAAUGGAGCGGUUUAAAUGUGAUCCUGAUGUUGUCACUUAUAAUACAAUUGUUGAUGGAUUAUGCAGGGUGGGAAAGGUUAGAAUUGCCCACAAUGUGGUGAAAGGUAUGAGCAAGAAAAGUUUGGAUUUGAAUCCUAAUGUCGUUACUUACACUACUCUGGUUAGAGGGUAUUGUAUGAAGCAAGAUAUUGAUGAAGCUUUGGCUGUUUUCCAAGAGAUGAUUUGUAGAGGUUUGAAACCGAAUAAGAUCACUUAUAAUACUUUAAUUAAAGGGCUCUCUGAGGUGCACAAGUAUGAUAAGAUAAAAGAAAUUUUGGAGGGAAUGAGAAAAGAUGGAAGAUUUACUCCAGAUACAUGCACAUUCAACACGCUGAUUAAUGCGCACUGCAAUGCUGGGAACAUGGAUGAAGCUUUAAAUGUGUUCAAAAGGAUGUCAGAAAUGAAGGUACAAUCAGAUUCAGCUACUUAUAGUGUUAUAAUCAGGAGUUUAUGUCAAAUAGCGGACUUCGAAAAAGCAGAGGAGUUCUUUGAUGAGCUAGCCAAAAAGGAGAUAUUAUUAGGUCAUGUAGGUUGUACACCUGUUGUUGCGGCAUAUAAUCCCAUGUUUGAGUAUUUAUGUGCUAAUGGAAAAACUAAGAAAGCUGAGAGAGUGUUUAGACAGCUAUUGAAGAGGGGGAGACAAGACCCUCCUGCUUACAAGACUUUAAUCUUAGGGCACUGCAAGGAAGGUACGUUUGAAGCUGGAUAUGAGCUCUUGGUCUUGAUGUUGAGAAGAGACUUUGAACCGGGUUUUGAGAUCUAUGACUCACUGAUUACUGGUCUCUUGCUGAAGGGUGAAUCUCUUCUUGCUUGCCUGACCCUGGAGAAGAUGCUGAAGAGUUCACAUCUCCCACAGACAUCUUCUGUUCAUUCCAUACUUGCAGAACUUCUGAAAAAGAGUUGUGCCCAAGAAGCAGCCAGUUUGGUAACUCUAAUGCUGGACCAUAGAAUUAGACUGAAUAUCAAUCUCUCGACACAGACUGUAAAGUUGCUGCUUGCAAGACGGAUGCAGGAUAAAGCUUUUCAAGUUCUUGUAUUACUAUAUGAUGACGGCUAUAUGGUUAAGAUGGAAGACUUGGUUCAUUUCCUUUGCCAGAGUGGAAUGCUUUUGGAGGCGUGCAAGAUGAUACAAUUUAGUUUGGAAAAGCACCAAACUGCUGAUAUUGAAAUUUGCUGCACGGUCAUAGAAGGUCUUUGUAACAACAGGAGACUUUCAGAAGCAUUUGGUUUGUACUAUGAGCUCGUGGAGAGGGGUAAACAUCUAGAGUUGAGAUGCCUUGACAAUUUGAAAAUCACAUUACAAGCUGGAGGACGGCUAAAUGAAGCUGAGUUUGUAUCGAAGAGGAUGCCAAACCAGUGGCAGGCUAAUGAUGCUUCUUCAAAAUUCAGCACCAGGAUGCCAAAAUUUCAGCAGCAAAUGUCAAAAAUUGACAAUAACAAUGCUCCAUGGCACCGUCUCAGGCGUGCUUCCACACCAGGGAAGGCAACGGUGCUCGCCAUUGGCAAGGCCUUUCCACGGCAACUAAUUCCUCAAGAAUACUUGGUGGAGGGCUAUAUACGCGAUACAAAUUGCCAAGAUGUCUCCAUCAAAGAGAAACUGGAACGUUUAUGUAAAACAACUACUGUGAAGACUAGGUACACAGUGAUGUGCAAGGAGAUUUUAGAUCAAUACCCAGAAUUGGCAACUGAGGGUUCAUCAACUAUCAGACAAAGGCUUGAAAUAGCAAACCCGGCAGUUGUUGAGAUGGCAUUUGAAGCAAGCUUAGCUUGCAUAGAGGAAUGGGGGAGGCCUGCAACUGAUAUCACCCAUAUCAUCUAUGUCUCUUCCAGUGAAAUACGCUUACCUGGGGGUGAUCUUUACCUUGCCAGCGAGCUUGGCUUAAGAAACGAUGUUAGCCGGGUAAUGCUCUAUUUCCUUGGUUGUUAUGGUGGUGCCACUGGCCUCCGAGUAGCUAAAGACAUAGCUGAAAACAACCCAGGAAGUCGUAUUCUGCUAACCACCUCUGAGACUACCAUCCUUGGUUUUCGACCUCCAAACAAAGCACGCCCUUAUGACCUUGUUGGUGCAGCACUUUUCGGUGAUGGAGCAGCAGCAGUCAUCAUUGGAACUGAUCCAAUAACGGGAAAAGAAUCUCCUUUCAUGGAACUCAGCUAUGCGGUACAACAAUUUCUGCCAGGAACACAGAGUGUCAUCGAUGGGUGCCUUACUGAAGAAGGCAUAAACUUCAAACUUGGCAGAGACCUUCCCCAGAAGAUCGAAGACAACAUUGAGGAAUUCUGCAGGAAACUCAUGUCAAAGGCUAGUUUGACAGAUUUCAAUGAAAUGUUUUGGGCAGUUCAUCCUGGAGGACCGGCGAUACUUAACCGCUUGGAGAGCACUCUUAAACUGAACAAGGGGAAACUAGAAUGUAGCAGGAAAGCUUUGAAGGACUUCGGAAAUGUGAGCAGCAAUACCAUUUUCUAUGUGAUGGAAUACAUGAGGGAAGAGUUGAAGAGAGGAGGAGGAGAAGAAUGGGGGCUUGCCUUAGCAUUUGGUCCUGGAAUUACUUUUGAAGGCAUUCUUCUUCGCAGCCUGUAACUACAUGACAUUCAUAUUGGGAAGUUGUUACUUUGUUUUCUAAUCUUUAUAAUGCCAACAGCAACUUGUUAACUCUCUCUCUCUCUCUCUCUCUCUCUCUCUCUAUAUAUAUAUAUAUAUAUAUAUAUAUAUUCAUAUAUUGUGCUUGUUUUAGUUGACAUGACAUGGAAAAUGACAUUGAGUUCUUCUUUAUCUUUGAUAACCAUAUGUUCAAUUCCUCUCAAGUUUCAA